GCGGAUGUAAAAAAAAAAGUGGAGGCGAGAAAAGGGAUGGCGGAGUCGAGCGGGCCGCCAAGGGGGAGGAAGAUGGAGGAGUGAGGCGGAGGAGCCGGUGGAGGAUAGGCCUCGUCGUUGCUUCCGGGUAAGUUUUAGUUGCGGCCGCUUCUCCCCCAACGGAAAAACCAGGAAGAUUCAAUGCCACCAUGUCUGGGACGGUCAUUAUCCUCCAGCAAUUUGCUGGUGGCCUCAAGAGCCGUAAUGAAGAGACCCGGGCGAAGGCAGCAAAGGAUUUGCAGCAUUAUGUCACCAUGGAGCUCCGAGAGAUGAGCCAGGAAGAAUCCACACGUUUUUACGAUCAGCUGAACCAUCACAUCUUUGAGUUGGUCUCGAGUUCAGAUGCAAAUGAAAGGAAAGGAGGCAUUUUGGCUAUAGCGAGCCUCAUUGGUGUUGAGGGAGGCAACGCUACACGCAUUGGCAGGUUCGCCAACUACCUAAGGAACCUUCUUCCAUCCAAUGACCCUGUUGUCAUGGAGAUGGCCUCCAAAGCCAUUGGGCGUCUUGCGAUGGCCGGCGAUACCUUCACGGCAGAAUACGUGGAAUUUGAAGUGAAGCGGGCUCUGGAGUGGCUUGGCGCCGACAGGAACGAAGGACGGAGGCAUGCAGCGGUCUUGGUUUUGCGAGAGUUGGCCAUCAGUGUUCCCACGUUCUUCUUCCAGCAAGUCCAGCCAUUUUUCGACAACAUCUUUGUCGCUGUGUGGGAUCCAAAGCAGGCUAUCCGGGAAGGAGCCGUUUCGGCUUUACGAGCUUGUCUUAUCUUGACCACUCAACGCGAGUCCAAAGAGAUGCAGAAGCCGCAGUGGUACCGACAAACCUAUGAGGAAGCUGAGAAGGGCUUUGAUGAGUCCGUGGCGAAAGAAAAGGGUGUGAAUCGGGACGACCGAAUCCAUGGUGCCUUACUGAUCCUCAAUGAACUGGUGCGGAUUAGCAGCAUGGAAGGAGAGCGUCUCAGGGAAGAGAUGGAAGAAAUCACCCAGCAGCAGUUGGUGCAUGACAAAUACUGCAAGGAUCUUUUGGGCUUCGGCACUAAGCCCCGUCACGUCACCCCCUUCUCCAGCUUCCAGUCGAUACAGCCCCAACAGUGCAACGCCUUGAUCGGACUUCUGGGCUUCAGCCCCCACUCAGGAAUCCUGGGAUUUGGGGCGUUACCGGUCCCAGCCAAGUCGACCUUGGUAGAAAGCCGAUGCUGCCGAGAGCUGAUGGAGGAGAAGUUUGACCAGGUGUGCUACUGGGUCCUGAAGUGCCGAAGCAGCAAAAAUACUUUGAUUCAAAUGACUGUCCUCAGCUUAUUGCCCCGGCUAGCUGCUUUCCGCCCUUCCGCUUUCACAGCUGACCACUACCUUCCUGAUACCAUGAGCCACGUCUUGAGCUGCGUGAAGAAGGAAAAGGAGCGGACGGCUGCUUUCCAAGCCCUGGGUUUGCUCUCUGUGGCUGUGCGAUCAGAGUUCCAGGUUUACCUGCCCAAGGUUCUUGAAAUUAUCAAGGGGGCCCUUCCGUUGAAGGACUUUACCCACAAGAGACAGAAAACCGUGCAGGUGGACGCCACUGUUUUCACUUGCAUCAGCAUGGUGGCACGAGCAAUGGGUCCCUCUAUUCAGCAAGACAUCAAAGAACUUCUGGAGCCCAUGCUGGCUGUGGGGCUGAGCCCUGCCCUGACAGCUGUCUUGUACGACCUGAGUCGCCAGAUCCCACAGCUGAAGAAAGAGAUCCAGGAUGGGUUGCUGAAGAUGCUCUCCCUUGUGCUAAUGCAUCGCCCGCUGCGUCACCCGGGCAUGCCGAAAGGGCUCGCCCACCAGCUGGCUUCUCCCAGCCUCACCAACAUUCCCGAGGCCAACGACGUGGCCAGCAUCACUCUCGCCCUGCGCACCCUGGGCAGCUUCGAGUUUGAAGGGCAUUCAUUGACUCAGUUCGUCCGGCACUGUGCGGAUCACUUCCUCAACAGCGAGCACAAGGAAGUGCGCAUGGAAGCGGCCCGGACCUGUUCCCGCUUACUCACGCCUUCCAUUCACCUGAUCAGCGGCCAUGCCCAUGUGGUCAGCCAGACCGCCGUCCAGGUGGUGGCUGACGUCCUCAGCAAACUCUUGGUGGUUGGGAUCACAGACCCCGACCCCGACAUACGCUACUGCGUCCUGGCGUCCUUGGACGAGCGCUUCGAUGCCCACCUGGCCCAGGCAGAGAACUUGCAGGCGCUUUUCGUUGCUCUGAACGACCAGGUGUUUGAAAUCCGCGAGCUGGCCAUCUGCACCGUGGGCCGGCUGAGCAGCAUGAACCCGGCUUUCGUCAUGCCAUUCCUCCGGAAAAUGCUAAUUCAGAUACUGACCGAGCUGGAGCACAGUGGCGUGGGCAGAAUCAAAGAGCAGAGUGCCAGGAUGUUGGGCCACUUGGUCUCCAAUGCCCCCCGGCUCAUUCGCCCCUAUAUGGAACCCAUCCUCAAGGCAUUGAUCGUGAAACUGAAAGACCCAGAUCCUGAUCCAAACCCCGGUGUGAUCAAUAAUGUCUUGGCCACCAUUGGUGAACUGGCCCAGGUGAGUGGGCUGGAGAUGCGAAAGUGGGUGGAUGAGCUUUUCAUCAUCAUCAUGGACAUGCUCCAGGACUCCUCCUUGCUCGCCAAAAGACAGGUGGCUUUAUGGACCCUGGGGCAGCUGGUAGCCAGCACUGGCUACGUGGUGGAACCCUAUAGGAAGUACCCAACUCUCCUCGAGGUGCUGCUGAACUUCUUGAAAACGGAGCAGAACCAGGGUACUCGAAGAGAGGCUAUUCGCGUCCUUGGCCUCCUGGGAGCUCUGGAUCCAUAUAAACACAAGGUGAACAUUGGUAUGAUAGACCAGUCCAGGGAUGCUUCGGCGGUGAGCCUCUCGGAGUCUAAAUCCAGCCAAGAUUCUUCUGACUACAGCACCAGCGAGAUGCUGGUUAACAUGGGGAACCUCCCGCUGGACGAGUUCUACCCCGCCGUCUCCAUGGUGGCCCUCAUGAGGAUCUUCCGGGACCAGUCCUUGUCCCACCACCACACCAUGGUGGUCCAAGCCAUCACCUUUAUUUUCAAGUCCCUUGGCCUCAAGUGCGUGCAGUUCCUGCCUCAAGUGAUGCCCACUUUCCUCAGCGUCAUUCGGGUUUGCGAUGGGGCCAUCAGGGAGGUAAAAGAAGAUGGUGAUAGUGUGCUGGGGAGAAGAGCCGAGUUCCUCUUCCAGCAGCUGGGAAUGCUGGUGUCCUUUGUGAGAAGCCACAUUCGACCUUACAUGGAUGAAAUCGUUACCCUCAUGAGGGAUUUCUGGGUGGUAAAUAACUCCAUCCAGAGCACGAUUAUCCUCCUCAUCGAGCAGAUAGUGGUGGCCCUCGGUGGGGAGUUCAAGCUCUACCUUCCCCAGCUCAUCCCGCACAUGCUUCGUGUCUUCAUGCACGACAGCAGCAGCACCCGCAGCGUUUCCACCAAGCUGCUGAAUGCCAUCCAGUUGUUUGGAGCCAACCUGGACGAUUACCUGCACUUAUUACUGCCUCCCAUUGUGAAGCUUUUUGAUGCACCUGACGCCCCCCUGUCUGCUCGCAAAGCUGCCUUGGAAACUGUGGACCGAUUAACCGAGUCCCUUGAUUUCACGGAUUACGCUUCGCGGAUUAUCCAUCCCAUCGUGCGAACUCUCGACCAGAGCCCAGAGCUUCGCACAACGGCCAUGGACACGCUCUCCUCCCUCGUCUUCCAGCUGGGGAAAAAGUAUCAGAUCUUUAUCCCGAUGGUGAACAAAGUAUUGGUGCGUCACAGGAUAAACCACCAACGAUACGACGUCCUCAUCUGCAGGAUUGUGAAGGGCUACACUCUUGCCGAUGAAGAAGACGACCCCCUGAUAUACCAGCACCGCAUGCAGAGGAGCAGCCAAGGAGAGGCCCUCGCCAGCGGCCCGGUCGAAACGGGGCCCAUGAAGAAGCUGCACGUCAGCACCAUCAACUUACAGAAGGCCUGGGGAGCAGCUCGCAGAGUUUCCAAGGAUGAUUGGUUGGAGUGGUUGAGGCGGCUGAGCCUGGAGCUGUUGAAAGACUCCUCAUCACCCUCGCUGCGCUCAUGCUGGGCCUUGGCUCAGGCCUACAACCCCAUGGCCAGAGAUCUGUUUAACGCGGCCUUUGUUUCAUGCUGGUCUGAGCUGAACGAAGACCAGCAGGACGAGCUGAUCCGCAGCAUCGAGCUGGCGCUGACGUCUCAGGAUAUCGCUGAGGUCACCCAGACCCUGCUCAAUUUGGCGGAGUUCAUGGAGCACAGCGACAAGGUAGAGCACCUUGGGGUGGAAGCUUUUUCUCGUUUUCCUUUUCUUUUUUAACAACUCUUUGCUCUGAUCUCACAAAGAGACCGGCGACUUUGCUGAUAAUUGCAGAAAUCG